UUCACCGAGAUGAGGGGGAAAGUGGCAGUGCCAUGGAUUGUCGAACCGUAAGCUGGAGGGCCAUAUAAGCUCGUCAUCAUGUCACUGUUGGUGGGGGAUCAAUCAAUCUCUCAUCAACUUCUCCAUCGACAGGCAAUGACCACACCAAGCAGCAGGCGGCAAUCGGAGAUGGCUCAGCAGCGGGCACAAUUGGAUCAUCUCUCCGACAUCCUAGAUCUCCAUCCUGAUAAGGAAAGGUCGUGUGCGGGAUAUGCAGUCUCGCAGGGUCGACGGUGCCACAAUCCCAUUAGUGCGGCCAAUCGAGUCUAUGCCGUGCGUCUGCUCGACGAAGGCACUCGGGGGUUGAAGAAGGGUAUGGACUUGAAAGAUCUUCUGGUGGAUCUGGCGUCAUUUGUUCUCUGCCGCGGUGUCCAUCAGAAGGGUCGGAACGAUCAGACGUUUGAGCUUGUGCAGAAAUGGAAGCAUCAGAUUCAGUCCGCCUGUGAGGAACUAUGUGAGGCAGAGGAUGUCGACGCUGGCCGGGACAUGAUGCACGCGGGUCGUCGCCGGGAGACAAUUGAGCUUGAGGUAUCAAGGAGGCCUCGCUGGCAAGAGAAUGGGCUCCUUCACCUAGGCGCGGGGGCCACCGAUUUCCACAAUUCCGACGAUCGUCUGGCUCGGCUGUCGGAUUUGGAUGAGCGCAACACUCGUAGGGCUAGCUUGCCUUCGGCUAGAGUGUCUGAAGCUACUCCUGCAACUCACUCGCGACACUUAGCGUCAGACACCAGACAACCUAGAGAAUUCACCACGUCUGCAAGGACCAUUCGUGCUUCUGCUUCGCCUUCUUCUGCUCAGAUAACUAGCUCAAAUUCUUCCCCUUCAACCUCGUCACGCUCAAGAUCCGGAAUAUCCGCGCUAUCCCCUCCGAUGAUCAGUCAGCGUGCCACUUUUGCAUCAACCUUCGGCUCCCGCGCUUCAACGACUGCCUCAACCAUGGCCUCUACCUCCUUCUCUUCAGCUUCGACUUCAGCUUUAAUCACCUCGCGUACAAGCACCAGCACAACUCCGUUUCGCAUCAGCGCCCCCGCCCGCACACUUGAUGAGCCGUUCUCUUCUCGUGUCUCGAGUUCUGCUUGUUCAGACGAGACCUCUCGCCCGAGGCCCACUCCACGCCUGAACAUCACGAAUCCUACUAGGAUUGUAGCAUAUCCCAGUCAGGCCACUGCUGCCACUCGCUCAGCCCCUAGAUCUUCGAAUCAUGAGUCAGACCCGCCAAUUUCUGCUCGUCUCGAAGUCGCAUCUAGUAUGAGUCCUACAAUGCGUUCGGAAAUAUCUGCAGUGACUCCUUCGGUAUCAUCUCGCGCGAGUAAUACUACUGCAGCCGCCCUUUCGAGCGAUUCUCCUGAAGUCGAAUCUCCUACAGUCUCGACACGAACCACCACACCACCCGCGAACGCCUCGUCCGAUCCUGCCCCAAGCUCAACUCGAACCCCCAAUCAGCCAUCAAACCCAAGAAUGACCACCCCAUCCCGCGCAGUCCACUUUGACCCUCUUGUUCUCCCAGCCUCGCAUAAUUCCUCAUCGUCAUCAACAGCAUCAACAGGUUCAUCAUCACCCACUUCAUCCACAACACCAGCAGAUCCAUACACCCUAAAUCGCAAACCUAUGACCGGCGACUGCUCCAUUUGCUACGAGCCCCUCCUCCAACACAACCACAACUCCUCCCAGGUAUCCCCCAGCCGAGCAGCGCGCGACAUCUCAAUCGUCUAUUGUAAACGACAAUGCGGCACGAACUUCCACUACAGCUGCAUGUUCUCAUGGAAGCAAUCCGUCUGGCAGACGGGACGGGAGCCGACGUGUCCCAUGUGUCGUACUGUCUGGCAACAGUGAGCUGAUUUCUGUCUUUUCUCUUCUCCUCACCCGUGCAUAAUCAUGCUGGUUUGGGGGGCGCUGCAGCUAAACCUUGUCUUUUAAUGAUCGGAAAGAUCGUUCUGAUUCAGGAGACAUGUUGUCUGGCAGCGCGUUUUCUCGUCGAGUAUUGAUGUUGUAGUGAGGUUUUCGAUGUCAAGGUUUUAGGGGUGCUUUUUCUGGGAGUUUGGCUUGGGAGAGGCUUUUUGGAUAUUUGGCUUGGGUAAACUUAG